UGCCAAUAAUCAGCUAUAGCAUUGCACAAUCUUAAAAUUUCAUUAAUUCCAGAUGCAUAAGUGAAAUUCAAUUGACUUUCUUUUCAAUCAGAACAUUAACAGAGUUCUUUACAAAAACACAUAAUUUUUCAUCUGAAAUGUUAUCUGAAAGUUAAAUCAUAUUUUGUUGCGAACUAAAAAGAGUAAAUUAAAAUUUAAUAAAAAAUUUACAUCAGAUAUACUUAUUUUUGUGAUAUACAUGUAAUAAGUACAUAAUAGAUUCUGCUGUUCCUCCCUCUCUGCAGACUAUUCUCAGACAUCAUUAAUUAACUUUCACUAUGGGACAAAGGUUGAGUCCCUCCUACAUUGUUCUCACCUUUGGUUUGUUGAAUGUUUCUGCUCUCUUCCUGUUUAUGCAAUCUAUAAAAUUUUCAGAGGUUUGGCAGCUCUUUCAAUAAGUCUUCGUUUGUAAACUCUUCUAACAGCAGCAGACCGAUUGAUAAUGGAACCAUCCACUGGUGACCUGACUGAUCCUCUGAUCAACCACGCAGACGGACAACUCUUCCUUCAUGAAGCCUUCAAAAUUAUCGUGGAGGAAGUCCUCUGCAAAGGCACGGAUGUCAAGGAGAAGGUGUGUGAAUGGAGGGAGCCAGAGGAGCUGGCCCGGCUGCUGGAUCUGGAGCUGAGAGAGAAGGGAGAGCCACAGGAAAACCUCCUGCAGAGAGUACGAGAUGUCGCCAAGUACAGCGUCAAGACAAGUCACCCACGUUUCUUCAAUCAGCAGUUUGGUGGCGUUGACUAUCACUCUUUGGCUGGACGUUUCCUCGCUGAGGCUCUCAACACUAAUCUCUUCACUUAUGAAGUGGCACCAGUCUUUGUGCUGAUGGAGGCUGAGGUGCUCAGAGGGCUCCGUGAGCUGGUGGGCUGGACAGAAGGUGACGGCCUUUUCUGCCCGGGAGGCUCCACCUCCAACAUGUACGCCAUGAACCUUGCACGCUACAGACUCUACCCAGAGGUCAAAAGCCAGGGCCUGUGGAGUCUCCCGCAACUCACCAUCUUUACAUCCCCUGAGAGCCAUUACUCUGUGAAAAAGGGGGCUGCAUUUAUGGGUUUUGGGAUGGACAAUGUCAUCUUGGUAAAAGUGGAUGAUGGAGGUCGCAUGAUCCCAGAAGACCUGGAUGAAAAAAUAGAGCUUUCAAAAUCUCAGGGUGCGGUUCCAUUCUUUGUGAGCUGCACAUCAGGCACCACGGUACAGGGGGCCUUUGAUCCACUGGAUCGCAUAGCCGAUGUUUGUGACAAACACAAGCUAUGGCUGCACAUUGAUGCUGCCUGGGGAGGAAGCGUGCUGUUUUCCAAGAAACACCGUCAUCUGAUGAAGGGAGUGCACAGGGGAAGCUCAGUAGCCUGGAAUCAACACAAGAUGCUGGUUGCUGGCCUGCAAUGUUCUGUUCUGCUGCUUAAGGAUACAACGGAUUUACUGAAGAAGUGCCAUUGUGCAAAUGCAACAUAUCUGUUCCAGCAAGACAAAUUUUAUGAUGUGAAUCUGGAUGUUGGGGAUAAGUCUGUGCAGUGCAGCCGCAAGGUGGACUGUCUGAAGCUGUGGCUGAUGUGGAAAGCAGUCGGCUCAGCUGGGCUGGAACAGCGUGUAGACAAAGCUUUUCUCCAUGCAAGGUAUGUGGUGGAUCAAAUGAAGAGAAGAGAGGGGUUCCAACUUUUGAGGGAACCGGAGUUUGUGAAUGUGUGCUUUUGGUUCAUCCCGCCAAGUCUGAGAGGGAAGGAAAAAAAUGCAGACUACCAGAACAGGCUGGCUAAGGUUGCUCCAGUAAUCAAGGAACGUAUGAUGAAACAAGGCACCAUGAUGGUCGGCUACCAACCUCUUGGAGACAGGGUCAACUUUUUCCGCAUAACCAUUUUGUCACCACUGGUUUCCCAAAAAGACCUGGACUUCUUCCUGGAUGAAAUUGAAAGACUCGGAAAUGAUUUAUGACACAAAUAAUUGUCACAGAUUGUGGAAAAACAUUAAACAUCCUUAAUCAUCACUUAUUAAGCUUACUGUAAGAGUAUAGUGGCAUAACAGCACACUGGUACACGACAUACCUGGAUAAAUAAAUAAAUUAAAUUAAAAAUAAAU